CCGCCACUUCCUGCUCGGCGUGUCCCGGUGCGGCCGGCAGGUUUGGGUGUGGAAGAUAGAUUCCUGUGAUCUCCUGAAGUGGCCUGCCGUGCAUGCUGAGCAAGAGGAGGAGCCCUUCGUCAUCAUUCCAGUCAUUGGCGUGGACCUGGGAGGAGGAGCCGUUGUUUGACCGGAGCUUCUGGGGAGGAUAGAUCAAAAUACAGACUAUUCGCUUUCCAGAAUGUUUGCUGGAUAUGAAGACGAUGAGGAUACUGAAGUGUAUGAAGAUGAACUUUAUCACGAGGAGUCAUCCAGUGAAGAGGCUGUUGAUAGUGAGGUGGAAUUUCAUCUCUACAGCCAGAUCCACUAUUCCCAAGAUCUUGGAGAAAUCAGCACGCUGGAAAUGGAUGAAGAAGCUGAUGUUGCAGGAGUCACGGCUCGUAGUUCAGUUCUACCUGAGAAACGGUGUGAAGACAAGAAAAUCACUGGGUUCAUUGAUCAUGGUGCUCAGCUUUCAGAUGACCCUGAGAUCAUCAUCUUGUCUGAUACACCAGAUGAAGACAGUGUUUACAAAAGCAAAGCAAAGAAGUCAAUGGGCUCUUUAGCUCAAGGUAAAACACAUAUCCAUCCAGGAUCUUCCAUGCCAAAUGAUGCUGAAGCUGCUGCACGUAAUACCCUGUAUCCUGCUGGAUCAGGCACAGACAUUGCAAAGCAAAGGAAGAGUGCUAGUGGGAAGCUUACCCCAGUUAGUUCUGCUGGAGCUCAUGCCAUCCAAGACGUGUUGGUAAUAGACAGCUCAGAGCAGGAGAGCUUGAUAUCUGACAGUGAAAAUGUCGAGAGUUGGAUGCUUUUGGGAGCUGGUGCAGACGACAGAGAUGAAGAUAUAAUGUUGAACAUUGAAGGCUGUGCAAGUCCGGUCAGCAAAGGAGAAGCUGAUGUGGACUGGUCCAUCUGUAAUAAAGACUUAGAGGCACAGAUCUCCAACUAUGCAAGUGCGAGGCAUACCAGUAUGCGGUACUACACAGCUGUUAAAAAUGUUACCUGUAGAAAUUGCGGUAGACCAGGUCAUUUGUCCAAGAACUGUCUUAGUCCAAAGAAAGUUCCCUGUUGUUGCCUGUGUGCAGGAAGAGGUCAUCUACAAAACAGUUGCCCAGCACGUUUUUGUUUGAACUGCUGUUUGCCUGGCCACUAUUUCAGGGAAUGUCUUGAGAGACCCUAUUGGAAUAAACAAUGCAAUCGCUGUGAUAUGAGGGGGCAUUAUGCUGAUGCUUGCCCAGAAAUAUGGAGGCAGUAUCACCUAACAACAAAGCCAGGACCAAUCAAGGCUGCCGGUUCUCACUCUGCGCGCUCUGCUUUAGUGUACUGCUGCAACUGUUCCCGGAAAGGACAUUUUGGAUAUGAGUGCUCAGAAAAGCGGAUGCAUGGGAGCAUGUUCCCUACUUCUCCAUUCAUCUACUACUAUGAUGAUGAAUACGAGAUCAAGAGAAGAGAGAGCAGAUUAAAAAGAAAGAUUGCAGAACUACAGGAAGCCGGCCUUCUGCCAGAACAGUCAGAGACACCAUGGCAGGCAGAAGAACGUGGAGAGCACAGCUAUAAGGAAAAGAGCAAGCCUUGCAAAGAACAUGGGAAACAUAAAGGUGGCAAGUGUCACAAAAGGGUGAAGAUGUCCCAGGCAGAGAAACCCAGAGAAGGCAAACACCAAAGUGAUAUUGAAAUCAGCCACCAUUUGGAGGAGGACUUCCCUAGAGGGUGUAAAAGGCAGGCAUUUAAGGGCAGCAAAAUUCGUCACAAGUCCAUUUUCCAGGCUUUCUCAGGCAGCAAGACUGCCUAUGUGCAGGAACCUCUGGAAGGUGCUAAAAGGAAGAAGAAAUGGAAAAAGCAGGAAGACGCUAGUCCUGAUAUCAAUGAGAAUUUAUUCCUCAUAAAACAGAGGAGGACGAAGUCCAAACAGAAAUCCUGGUGGUGAGCAAGUAGAUAGGUAGCACCAGCAUUUACUGGCUCCAGCUCUGCUUUCUCUGUUUAUUUCUGUCCCUCUCUUAGCACACUGAAUUUGAGUCCGUCCCUGAACCCGGGCGGGCAUGCCCAGGCACCAGUCACACACCGAACGUCCAUCUCUGUUCCCAAAAGGGAGUGCUCUGUCUGUCGUGAACAGUCCACUUGACAGGCGGGACUUCGUGCUCGUGCCUGGAAUGGCUGUACUUUUCAGCAGUCCCAGAACAGGCUGUAAAUUUACUUUCUUUACUUGGGGGAGUGUGGGGGGGGAAAGGGGCCAUGCUGGGUUUGUUAGGUUUUGUUUCUUCACCGGUGAGGUGUUGCUUGUCGGAGCAGGAUCUGCUGCUAGGGAGCACCAUGCCUUUGGAGCUGACACUGGAGAGACUCUUACGUUAGGAGGAGUCAGGAUAGAGACCAGGGACAUGGAUGUAAAGCACAUUCCUCACAGCCGCUCAAUCCUCUCCAGAGUGCAGCUGGGCACUUUUGUCCACUCCUGUCCCUCCUUGAAGGUGCUGCGAAGUCAUUGCCUUGCACUUUGGGAUGUGACAGUCUCCCACCUCAGGCUCCUGUGUGGUGCUGUGGAUCCAUCACCCUCAGCGCCACGGCUUUUGCUGCCAUCUGCCCAAGCCUGUUCCUUGUCUUUGCCAACUAGUCAGCAGGGCAGGAUAAAGCAGGUGAGAAGGGAACAGUUUACAUCCCAAAUUAAAUAUGUCCUUGUUCCCCUUGAUGUGGAAGUUGUUUCUGGAGAAAAGAUAGCAGAGUAUGAAAAAUGUAUUUGAUUCCAGACAUACUGUGCUAAAAUUUAAUAAUUUUUUUAAAGACAGUUAUUUUUGUACACUGGAAUUAAACAGGUGUGUUGUUAAAAACUUGGUAAGAAUAAAUGCUUCAUCAAAGGAACAACCCAAAUAAAACUUUACAUGAGGGAUAUAAAAAAAUGUACAUUUGUUCUACAUUUUCUUGCCUUACCAAGCAUAAUUAAAAACAGUGUCACCUUUGCUUUUCUGAGCUGAAACUACAUCACCUCUGGCAAGACAUUUUCUGGUUUUGAAAAGGAAAUUAUCUAUACUCUACUGAUUCAUGACCUACCCUAUACUAUACUACUCCUUUUGCUAAGCAAUUGAUAGUAGCUAACAGCACAAUUUCAAAAAGGUGCAUGUCCUCUCUUAAUUCUUACUAAGAAACGGGCCUUUGGCUAUGGUUGUAUUUUAAAAUUAGAAAGUAUUUGUAACCUGUGCUAAUGCAAAGGUUUCUGAGAAGGGGAAAUGGGUACACUAGUGAAAAUUCAGGACUGUCUUUCUGCCAGUAGUAUUCCAUGCUAGUACUCCCUAAAUUCAUCAGCUUUUUGUUUGGCAACGUCGUCAGUGGUAACACUGGUGUUUUAGUGACUGUAUCACCUAAUCUCAGAGGUCUUUGGAAUAGAGCUGCACCUACGUAAUACUUGGGAACCUAAUGCCUAGUUUUGCUUAAGUGUGUCCUUGUUGGCAAUGGAAAUUUGUUUUUGCUUAACUUCAUUGAUUACUUGAUUGAGAAGUUCCUGAUGAUACUGAGAAAGUAAGUCACUUAUACACCUAAUAAAAAAUUAAUUUUUAAUUAA